AUGCAAUUAAAAAAGACGGACGUUUGUGCUGCAGUUUUGAUGUGCAGUGCAGUAUUUCUAGCAGCAACGAGACUAUCACUCACGGGAACAGGAGUCUCGGGAUUGCAAAUGAUCCAGGGAGGAAUAACGAAUCGUCGGAAAAUGAUGACAAUGAUAAAAAAUCAAAUUCAAAAUUUGGGAUUCAUGGUCAUGAGAAAAUUGAAAAAACUCAAUCCGAUGGCGGCAGGAGGACGGUUCAUGACGUUAAAAUCAAAUCUGAUACAACAACAACAACUACUACAACGACAACAACGACAUCGACAUCGACAUCUACUACAUCCACAACAACAACAACAACAACAACCCAUACGGGAGAUGGGGGGGAAAUUGAUGUCCCUCGAUCACGAAAAUUUUCAAGUGAUGAUAAAAAAAUUAUUAAUUAUGAUAAUUUGGAAUUUUAUAAAAAAAAUUUACCCCUCGUCGUUGAUCGUUUGUCGUCUGAUUCUAACGGUACUUUUCACGACGGUUUUGAUAAUUCCAAACGCGAUAAAAAAACAACCGAUGAAAUUUGAUUAUUAUUAUUAUUAUUAUUAUUAUUACGAUUUUAAAAAAACUAUUAAAUCCAUAAUAUUUCAAAAUAUCCUAUUAAUUAAUUCGUCCUGA